CCCUCCUCAUCAUUUAAAAAAAAAACAUGUCUCAUUCAAGUUUCAUACACGAUUAUUCGCAGGUGGAAGAAGGUCAAUGUCAAGCUCAGCCCACGACAGCGAUCAAGACUCCUUGCUGGAUGAAACAGACCUGGAGCUAAAACAGCAAUAUAAGCUACCUUCAGAAGGAGGAACCAUCUUCUCGAGCUUCCUCAACAUGGCAAACAGCAUUAUCGGAGCUGGAAUCAUUGGUUUACCGUUUGCAUUUAAAGAAGCUGGAUUCUGGACAGGGAUAGCGUUAUUAAUCGCUUUAACAGUGGUUGUAGAUUGGACUGUAAGGCUGUUAAUGCAUAAUGGAAAGUUGGCAGGAAGGUCUACAUAUCAGGAUUUAAUGGAGUUUGCUUUUGGAAGACCAGGCUUAGUAGCCAUCUCUAUAUUUCAAUUUGCCUUUGCAUUUGGCGGCAUGUGUGCAUACUGUGUCAUCAUUGGUGACACGAUUCCACACGUUAUUCGGUCUCUAUUUCCCAAAAUCAGCCAAGUACCUGUCAUUUGGAUAUUUGGUGAUCGUAGAAUGUGUAUUUCUUUCUUUACCUUGUUUGUCUCCUAUCCUCUAUCAUUAUACCGGGAUAUAUCCAAGUUGGCUAAAACUAGCGCUUUAGCAUUGGUGGCUAUUAUUGUCAUCAUUGUCAGUGUUGUCAUUGAAGGUCCCCAACAAUCACGAGAGAUAAGAGGAUCAGACGAUCUCAUGUUUAACGUGAUCAAUGAUGAAGUGUUUCAGGCCAUUGCGGUUAUUAGCUUUGCGUUUGUUUGUCAUCACAAUAGCUUCUUGAUUUUUGGUUCCUUAAAACAACCGUCCCUGAAUCGAUUUGCCACUGUCACACAUUGGAGCAUGGGGAUUGCUUUUUUUACCUGUUUUGCACUGGCUGUAUCUGGCUAUCUUGUAUUUACCGAUAAGACUGUUGGCAACAUUUUGAACAACUUUCCCUCUGACAAUAUUUUGAUUAAUGUAGCAAGGCUGGCGUUUGGCUUAAAUAUGUUUACAACUAUUCCCUUGGAGGCUUUUGUAUGUAGAGAGGUGAUUGAAACGUUUUAUUGGCCCGGAGCAAAAUUUGACAAGAUGCGACAUUUCUCCAUCACAACUAUAUUGGUUUUGAUUACACUCACAAUUUCUUUACUGACAUGCAAUUUGGGGAUUGUUCUGGAACUGACGGGAGGGUUUUCUGCCACUGUUCUGGCCUUUGUGCUCCCUCCCAUGUGUUUCUUAAAGCUGGCAACAGGAUCCAUCUGGGAGCGCGGUAAAAUACCUCAUUGGCUUUGUAUGAUUUUUGGCAUUAUUAUUAUGGUCUUGAGUACUUUUUAUAGUCUACAAAAAGUCUUUCUUUCUAGCUCGGAUACUGACCCGAGCACCGAAACCUGUAAUUAGAAAUAAAAAAUCAUUGUAUGAACACU